AUGUUGGACUUAGAAUCCGACAACCAAGUUAAUCGGACGCGUAAGCAGAUAUCAUCACGGUCAAAGCUUCGCGAUAGCUGCCAUGCCUGUGCCAUUUCCAAGGUUAAAUGUCCCAAAGAAAAACCAUCAUGCUCAAAAUGCGAAUGCCGUGGCAUCACAUGCCAGUACUUCUUGGCUAAACGUCCUGGGCGCAGGCGUGAGAACAACACAAGCAACAACACAAGCAACAGCACAGGGAGCAGCACGGGGAGCAGCACAAGUCGAUGCCAGUCCAGCGGGAGCCUUGGAACAAGCUUCAGCUCCAACUCUAACCCCAAUACUAAAUCCAAUACCGAGACCAGUCGGUCUAUGGAGUGGGAGACACCUCGAGAGAUGCAACCCACUCCCGCGGCCGGCCUGCUAUCAAAAGGAGGCACAAUAAUUCCAACCAAUUCGUAUGGCACCGAUGGCUACCUUAUGACACCUUUAAGCCUAAGCGUCCCGGCGUCUCCAAGACGAGAGAGUGUGUUUGCAACAAAUGCAGCACAAUUUUCUGUACCUGGCGAGGUCGGCAUAUUCUCCGGUCUAGUAGAUUUUGGAUUUGAGGGCAACGACAUGGAUUUCACCAUGUCAGCCAUGGACUCUCCGUUUGACCUUCUUGGAAUGGAGUGCGGUGGCAUCACUGGUAGCAUCACGCAAACACCAAAUGAUAUUGAGUCGCUGCUCAUGCCCGCCGAGAGGAUCGAUUUUGACCAUGCUUCAUUGGACACACCAUUGUCACUUGAUUUAUUGAGCACAUCGAGCGCGGCGUCAUCAACUGCCUCCAAUAUCCAUUCGCUGCGGACUGGGAAGACGAGUAUAUCGGACAUCACCGAAACCUCGUCGUGCGGAUGUCUGAUGCAGGCACUGGAUCUCUUGAAGAAGCUUUCCACUGGCUCAACCUCUUUUCGCACGGAAUCUCCUAGUCCGGAUACCACGGACAUGCCAAAAACUGCUAAUGCUGCCUCAGCGCAGGCUGUCGUCUUCGAAAAUAAGCAAAGCAUGGAGGUUGUCAGUAGCAAACUUGCAUGUUCUUCGUGCGUUGAAGAUAGCUUCUUGCUGACAGUCAUCUCCAUGAUCGUGCUGAAGGUAUUGGAACGAUACGCCACUGUGGCGCAGGCACAAUCCCACAAGACUGGAAAAAGCGAGCCAGAAGCUGACAAUCCAGUAAGGCUAUCGAUCAGCACUACUUCUGGUAGCGACGACUGGAUGAGAGCGCCAAGUCAUGCCCCCAAUGGAUCGUAUGACGACCGUGUCAGCGAGCGUGUGGCUGCUCAGAUUGUUCUUGGUGAGCUGCAUCGCGUGCAGAGGUUAGUGAACCAGCUGUCACCGAAACUCAAAGGGCCAAAGGAGAGAGAAGGUCAAAAUAUAGCUCCGAAGAUGAGGUACUGGGGCCGUCCUAGGGCUGCAGGAGAUAGUGACAGAAUGGCGUUGACUUCUAUCCUGGCUGGCACCUUGGACCAAAUGGAGAGAGAUGUUCGCAAGAGCUUGAGUACUCUGUCAACUAGGCUGCGCACUGGGUACUCAUGA